AGAACUUGUUCAGAUUCAGGGGUUUUUUUUUGUUGUUUGCUAUCUGUUGAGAGUUUUUGGCAAGAUGGAGGGAGGGGUUUCCUCUGUGAAGAGGCGAGUUUGGCCUAACAAUGACGUCAUUGAUAUGGUCUUCUCAUGGUCUCUUGAAGAUAUUUUCAAUGAUGCCCUCUACACAUGCCAGGUCGAGAAGAUUCCGGAUACGUUCAGUUCGUGGAAGCAUUAUCUAGGUUGUUACACCUUUCCUCUGCUCGAAGAAGUUCGCGAGGUUUUGGCUUCUUCUAUGGAUGCAAUGGGUAAGGCCCCAUUUGCAGAAGCCAUCUCAUUUGAAGAGACAAAAGGACACGGGAACGGUUUUCAUUACAACGUCAAGGUUGAGUUUUGGAAGAGAAGAGUUAGUGCUGAAGGGGAACAAUACAAAACAAUGCCGGGAGACUUGGUGGUGAUCUCAGAUAACAACCCUGAGGCGGUUUCCGAUUUGAACCGUGCGGGAUGGAAUUGGUCAUUUGCUUUGGUUGUUAAUGUUACUGAUGAUGAUGAUGACGGGAAUUCGUCCACAUGUUUCAAAGUGAAGAUGCCCGCUGAUUUUGGAUCCGAGAUUGGAGCCCAUGCCACGAUCCACAUUGUUUUCUUGGAAAACUUCACAACAACUAAAAGGAUUUGGAGUGCUUUGGGAAUGACUAAGAAUUUGAACAUUAUUGAGAGUGUUUUGUACACAAGCGACGAGGUUGAGAAGAAAUGUAAUGUAUGCUCUCCACAUGAUGAAAUAGGAUCAUCAACUGAGAAGAUCGACGAUGGCUUGCUGGCCAUGCUGAAUGAAUCCCAAGCUAAUGCCGUACUCACAUGUCUUGAAAGGGUGAAAUGUGACCAAAUCUCUCACGUUGAUCUUAUAUGGGGCCCGCCCGGUACUGGGAAGACAAGUACUAUUAGCAUACUUCUGUUCAUGCUCUUUAAAAGAAAGUGCAGAACACUUGUUUGUGCACCAACAAACGUGGCAAUAACACAAGUUGCCUCUAGGGUGAUAAGGCUGCUGCAGGACUCUUACAAAGAGGAAUCUUCAAAGGAGAAUAUAUUAUAUCCGUUGGGUGACAUUAUCCUAUAUGGAAACAAGGACAGGUUGAAGCUGGGCGAAUACAUUGAGGAUAUCUUUCUAGAUUAUCGGGUUAAAAGGCUUGUUGAGUGUUUUGGCCCACUGACUGGCUGGAGACACUGCAUUCAUUCUGGAAUUUCUUUUCUUGAAGACUGUGUUUCUGACCAUGAAAUCUUCUUGGAGAAUGAAUUAGUAAAAAUGAGAGCAUUAACUGAGAAGGGUGAGACUUUGGAGGAAAGCGCAGAACCUAUGUCGUUUGCUGAUUUUUUAAAAUCACGGGUUGAGGGUGUAGUUUCACCACUCAGAAGAUGCAUGUCAAUAAUGUGUACUCACAUACCAAGGCAUUUGAUUCAAGAAAGUAAUUUCCAAGAAAUGAUCUCCCUGAUUCUCCUUCUGGAUUCUUUGAAAGAAACUUUAUGUCAGAAGCGUACGAGAUCUGAAGAAGAGCUGAAGGAGAUUUUUUCACAGCCGGUAAACUCAGAAGUCACAUGCGAGACAAUUGCAGAUACACCAUUGUUGGCCUGCUUAAGAAUGCAGUGUGUCUCCAUUCUUAAAUUCCUUGUACGCUCGCUUGGAGAACUUGUUCUUCCCAGUUCCUUAAAUGAGGCAUCAGUUAAGAAAUUUUGUUUACAGUCAGCAUCCUUGGUUUUCUGCACGUCUUCAAGUUCUUUUUGGAUGCACUCGGUUGAGAUGGAACCGUUCAGCUUAUUGGUGAUUGAUGAAGCUGCUCAGAUGAGGGAAUGUGAAUCAAUUAUAGCACUUCAACUUCCAGGUUUGCAGCAUGCAGUUCUUGUAGGUGACGAAUGCCAAUUACCUGCAAUUGUUCAUAGCAAAGUGUCUAGGGAGGCAGGUUUGGGACGGAGCUUGUUUGAAAGGCUAAGUUCCUUAGGUCACCCAAAGCUUAUGCUAAAUGUGCAGUACCGAAUGCAUCCUGCUAUAAGCCGCUUCCCGAAUUCGAGCUUCAAUCACAAUCAACUUCUAGAUGCUCCAAAUGUGCAAUGUAAAACCUAUGAGAGGGAGUAUCUUCAGGGGAGAAUGUUUGGUCCAUAUUCUUUUAUAAAUGUCCCCAGUGGAAGGGAAGAAUCUGAUGAUAUAGGGCAUAGCAGAAGAAAUAUGGUUGAGGUCGCGUUAGUAAUGAAGAUUGUGCAGAAUUUGUUCAAAUUUUGGCGUAACACGGGAACUAAACUAAGCAUUGGCGUUAUAUCACCCUAUGCUGCUCAAGUUAUUGCCAUAAGAGACAAAAUUGGCAGAAGGUACGACAACCUUAAUGGCUUUGCAAUUAAGGUGAAGUCUGUUGAUGGUUUCCAAGGUGGAGAAGAGGACAUCAUAAUGCUAUCAACCGUGAGAUCCAAUCGUGCUGGCACUAUUGGUUUUAUGUCUAGUUUGCAAAGAACUAAUGUUGCCCUGACCAGAGCCCAGCACUGUUUAUGGAUCUUGGGAAAUGAAAGGACGUUGGUUGACAGCGAUUCUGUUUGGAAAGCAUUAGUUCUAGAUGCAAAGAAACGUAAAUGCAUCUUCUUUGCUGGAGAUGAUAGUGAUCUCUCGAGGACUAUUUUGGAUGUCAAGAAAGAACUGGAUCAAUUUGAUGACCUCCUUAAUGCAGACAGCAUCUUGUUCAAAAAUCAAAGAUGGAAUGUCCUAUUGAGUGACAACUUCAAAAGAUCGUAUCGAAACUUGGGGUCAGUCCAUUUGAAAAAGUCAGUGCUUAAUCUUUUAGUUAAACUGGCCGGGGGAUGGAGGCCGAAGAGAAAGGGAGUGGACUCGGUGUGUGAAAGCUCAUCGCAGAUUGUGAAGCAGUUUAAGGUUGAAGGAUUUUUUGUAGUCUGCACAAUUGACAUUCAGAAAGAGUUCAAAUACACUCAAGUUUUGAGGGCCUGGGAUUUAUUGCCUCUUGAUGAGGUUGGAAAGUUAUUGAGACGACUUGACAGCAUAUUCGCUAUGUAUACUGAUGAUUUUAUCAAUUUGUGCACGCAGAAGUCUCUCGAUGGGGACUUGGAAGUUCCAAAAGUUUGGCCAGCUUCUCAAGAUCUGGUAAGGUUCAAGAGUCUUAGCGAGAGAUUGGUUGAUAACUCAAAUGAUGGUGUGGUGGAGGGCAGAAGCUACAUUGAAAAUUCAAGAGUGAGCGAGAGCUUACUCUUGAUGAAAUUUUACUCGUUGUCGUCUGGCAUUGUCAACCAUUUGCUGUCAGACAAUCUUGGUGAAGAAGUUGACAUCCCUUUCGAAGUCACAGAUGAGGAAAAGGAGAUUAUCAGAUCGGCUAGGAGUAGUUUCAUACUGGGCAGAUCCGGCACGGGUAAAACUACAGUUUUGACCAUGAAGUUGUUUCAAAAGGAGCAACAACACCACCUGGCGGCCAUGGGAGGCGUCACGGAAGUGGGGACAAAUGACUUUGUAAGUGCUGAGAUUGCAACGGCUUGUCAAUCUGAGAUUGCGGCCAAGAGGAGCACCUUAAGGCAGCUUUUUGUUACUGUUAGUCCAAAGCUAUGCUAUGCUGUCAAACAACAAGUUUCUCAUUUGAAAUGCUUUGCUCAAGGGAAGACAUUCUCUGAUGAGAGCAGUCUGAUUGAUAUGAUGGAUGAUUUGGAUGGAUUGUCUCAUUUCAAAGACAUUCCAGAUUCUUUUGUCGGCAUUCCAGAAAGCAAAUAUCCCCUGGUUGUUACAUUCCGUAAGUUCUUGAUGAUGCUUGAUGGAACACUGCAGACACCAUAUUUUGACCGUUUCCAUGACACGAGGGUAACCACCGUGGAGACUUUCAUAAGAACAAAGGAGGUCAACUUUGACCGCUUUUGUUGCUUAUAUUGGCCUCAUUUCAACUCCCAGUUGAGAAACAAUCACGAUGCUGCAAGGGUGUUCACCGAAAUCAUUUCACAUAUAAAAGGAGGACUACGAGUGUGUGGGCCCCACAAUGCGAAACUCAUCCGCGAGAAGUACGUCUCAAUGUCUGAGAAUAGGGCAUCGACUCUGAAUGAGAAGAAGAGACAAGAAAUUUAUGAUAUCUUUCUUGAUUACGAAAAAAUGAAGAUGGAGCGGUGCGAAUUUGACUUGGCUGAUUUAGUGAAUGACCUCCAUCUUCGGUUGGCUGAGGAAAUUCUGGAGGGCGACAAAAUGGAUUUCGUAUACAUUGACGAAGUUCAAGAUCUUACCAUGAGACAGAUCUCACUGUUCAAACAUAUCUGCCAUAAUGUUGAUGAAGGCUUUGUAUUUUCUGGGGACACAGCCCAGACCAUUGCUAGGGGGAUAGAGUUUAGGUUUGAAGAUGUGCGGACUUUAUUCUAUGAAGAGUUUGUCAUGAAAGGUGGCCGACAUGCCACACGCAGAGAUAAAGGCCAUCUUGCUGCAGUUUCAUGUCUACUUCAGAACUUCCGCACGCAUGCUGGCGUUCUUAAGCUUGCACAGAGUGUGAUCGAUAUACUUUCUCACUAUUUCCCUCUCUCCAUUGAUGCUUUGAAACCCGAGAGUAGUCUUAUAUAUGGUGAGGCCCCAGUGCUUCUCAGACAAGGAAGCCAUGAAAAUGCCAUUGUAACUAUCUUUGGGAACAGUGGGAGUGUCCUUAGUGGGAAGAUGGUGGGCUUUGGCGCCGAACAAGUGAUAUUAGUGCGCGAUGAGUCUGCCAAGCAGGAAGUAUCUCAUCUUGUUGGAAAACAAGCACUUAUUCUAACUAUAGUUGAGUGCAAAGGAUUGGAGUUUCAAGACGUGCUGCUUUACAACUUUUUUGGUACUUCACCGCUGAGAAGUCAGUGGAGAGUAGUGUAUGAAUUUAUGAAAGACCAUGAUUUGCUCGACACAAGAUUUUCACAGAGCUUCCCAUGUUUUACUGAAGCGAGGCACGCAAUCAUGUGUUCUGAACUGAAGCAGCUAUAUGUCGCUGUAACUCGGACAAGGCAGCGACUAUGGAUCUGCGAACGUGUUGAGGAGCUUUCAAAACCCAUGUUUGAUUACUGGAUGAAAUUGGGGCUUGUGGAAGUAAGGGAUGUUGAUGAAUCUCUUGCACAAGCUAUGCGCUUGGCAAGCACCCCCGAGCAAUGGAAAUCUCGCGGACUAAAACUUCUUUGGGAGAAAAAUUAUGAAAUGGCCAUCAUGUGUUUUGAAAGAGCAGGAGAAAGGGCGCUUGAGAAGCAAGCUAAAGCUUCCAGCAUCCGGGAAACUGCUUACCGGAUGCAAGAUUCAAAUCCCAAAGCCUCUAACUUUAAUCUUAGGGAAGCUGCUGAAAUAUUUGAGUCGAUUGGUAGGUUCAAGUCUGCUGCUGAAUGUUUCUGUGACUUAAAGGAGUAUGAACAUGCAGGAACUAUGUACUUGAAGAAAUGUGGUGAACGUGAGCAGAAAAAGGCUGCCGAGUGUUUUACAUUGGCAGGACGUUAUGAAACUGCCGCAGAAAUAUAUGCAAAGCAAAACUGUUUCUCAGAGUGUUUAUCAGUUUGCCGCAUCGGACACCUUUAUGACGUGGGAUUUCAGUAUGUAGAACAAUGGAAACAAAAUGCUGCUCAUCAUAAUGACGUGGGUGAAGGAGCAAAAGUAAUAGAUAGAAUUGAGCAGAAAUUUCUGGAAAGGUGUGCAUCUGAUUACUUGGAGAGCAACGAUAAGAGAUCGAUGAUGAAGUUCGUUAAAGCUUUUAAGUCAAUGGACGACAAGAGGAGGUUCUUAAAGAAUCAGCAUUUUCUGGAUGACUUGUUACAUUUGGAAGAAGAAGCUGGAAAUUUUGUUGAAGCUGCCGAACUUGCUAUACUGAAAGGGGAUAUCCUACUAGAGGUGGAGCUUCUAAGCAAAGGUGGGAAUUUCAUCAAAGCAACUUCACAUAUCCUUUGGUAUGUGUUAUCCAACUCUUUGUGGGUUCGUGGAGGCAAUCCAUGGCCCCUAAAGUCUUUUGAGUCCAAGGAUGAACUAUUGAAGAAGGCCAUCUCAUUUGCAAGGAAUGAAUCUGAUCCUUUCUAUGAGUCUGUUUGUACUGAGGCAAAGGUGUUGGAGCACAACCAAAGCAAUAUGUGUGAUUUGAGGCGUGCUCUAAGUGCUUCUGAGAACUGUGGGAGUGUUACAUGUGAAAUUUUAUUUGUCAGGAAAAUUAUGGAUGCACACACUGAAGUCGGAGCAGCAAGUUAUUCAUGGGAAGACGAGUUUCCGGUUGACUUGAAUUUCCCGGAUGAUACAAUGUUCUGUAACCAACUCUCUGUCGGAUCCCUCUGUCACUUUUGGAAUGUAUGGAAGAAAAAUGUAUUUGACAUUCUUGAAUCCCUCCGUUGUCUUCAGGUAACCCAAGAUUUUGGUAAAUAUAAUGGCAUUGGUGAGUUCUGCUUGGCCUAUUUUGGUGUGAGGCGACAAUUCACUGAUACGAAAGCCAGCUAUGUCGUUUUAAAUCCUGAUGCCGAAUGGUUUACAAAGGUGAAUAAGAGUUUCAUUAGGGAGGAUAACCAAAUGUUCUCAAUUGAUGAGGGACAGUUCAUAUUUGCUGCUCGGAAUUACUGGCAGAAUGAAGUGGUCUCUGUAGGUGUCAAAGUUCUGGAAAUGCUCAAUUCCCUUUACUGUAGCAUUUCCAUGCAGUCAUUCUAUGUGUUUAGACAGAGCAUGUGCCUUAUGAACAUAUAUCAGAUCUCAAAGUUUCUUCUUGGGUCCAAGGAGUUAAACAACAGCAAGAAUUACGAGGCGAAGCUACGCAAAUUCUUCCAACAAUCGAUGGGGUACUUUGAUACUGUGUUUCCUAUUCAUUUCCGGAUAUCUAUGGAAGAAAAGAUGAUUUCUUUGCGAGGGACUGAUGUUUCCCAAAGUUUGCUUGAAGAUCAUAUCAGCCGUGAUCAGAGUAGGAAAGGUGGACCUGCUACCCUUGGGCAAAUCGGGCGAUUUGUGAUGAUAUGGUUUGGCUCUGCCAAACCUGCAGAUCAACUGUGCAACAAGGUGAUGUCAAGAAUAAGAGGCGAUUCGGCAUGGAUGGCUUUCAUAGAGAGUCUAAGAAGCGAGAAACAGCCAAGGGAGUUGGUUCACGGGUUCCUUCAAGCUUUGCUAGACACAUAUCAAGUCUACUGGCAAAACAUGAAUGACUACAUUUCACCUCACUGCUUCUUAUAUCUUGUGGAGCGUUUCUUAAUUUUGGUUUUCUGCUCUAAUCCCACCUUUUACACAACCAAGUCCUCUUUAGUGGAGUGGCUGAUGCUUCAGAAACUAGAUGCCACUGUCACUUACAGCUUCCCACCUCCAGAGCCUUACAUGUUGUACGACUCCAUUCUUCCCAUCCUGCAUGACCUCCUCUUCAAGAAUCUUGAGAGACGUGCAUGGGUUGGGAAGUUUGGAGUUAAGUCUCGCGAGUAUCAUGAAUCGCUGGUUUUGAGGCUGGUGGUUAUUCUCUGCACAAUCUGCAUGAACUAUGACUCUCUUGAACCCGUCAAUUUUCUCAACCACGUGCUUAAUACCCAAUAUGUUUCGCGUGACCUUCCACUAGAGUUCACUCAAGUUUUUAGAAGAGAGGGGAAAGUAUAUGUAGACAAACAGAGAAUUGCUGUUGCUCUCCAAGCCAUAGGGAAUCCUGCUUUUCUUGUGUGCCUGAAUCAAGAUACUCCAAAAUCUGCGUGCCCCUACACUAUUCCAAUACAAAUCAACGUAAAUUAUUCUAGAGAGGACAUCAUGGAGAUGGUGUUCCCAAGGGAAAGAGUUGCCUCAGCUGGGCAAGAAGAUAAACAAGAAGAUGUCAUCAAGAACUCAUGCUGUCUGCUUCCCCUGAGUGUAUAUCAUGGCAAGAGGAGUUCUGUGAUGGAAGAAUCUUCCUCGGACAUCAAAGCCCCCAUGCAAAAUCUAGAACCCAAAGGCAAGGUGGAGCGAAGCAGUUUGCAAAUGAAAUGGGCUGUUUUGGAUGAAGCUUCUGACUUUGUGAAGUUAAAGGAGGACCUGGACCAAAAAAGGCAAUUGUACGUGAAAAACAAAAUUUGCAGUUAUGAUGGAAAGAAGUGCGAGAUGGUUGCAGAGGUGCAGGAGAGGUUGUCGAAGAUGAAGCCCAAAGUGGAAGGUUUCUUGGGCAGUGUCAUUGUGACCGAGGGCAGAGGCGUUGUGGAGUCUGAGAGUGAUGAACUGCCCGGAAAUGAAAAUGACACCGAAGACGAUGAUGAUGAUGGUGGUGGGAAGAAGAAUCAGGGCAAGCAACCGCAGCAGCAGCAGCAAGGGAAAAGGAAUAAAGGCAAGAAAAAAAGUGGAAAAGGAGGCCACAAAAAGAAGUGAUUUGUUGAGAGACAUCAAGGAUGAAUCCAUUUUUUGUUUGUAUAUAGUAUGUGAAUCUCUUGGGGUUGGUCCUUUUUGAAAUUCUAAGUUAUGUCUGUGAACAACAUAUCUUUCAGAGCAAAAACUGAAACUCUGAGGCCCCGUUUGGUGUUAUAUAUUUUAGUGUAAUUGGAAAAACUACGACCAAUGGUAUCCUAAUAAUCAUCAAAGAAGUUU